UUUUUGUAAAAGAUUUUGCGGAAGUCUUAAACAAUUUUCAUGUUCCAGGAAAUAGAUUUGAAUUUUACAGAAAUUAUAUUUGACAAAGCUACACAAAAUUGAUUGUUUGCUUUUUGAAACUCCGAAAGUUAUUUAAAUAAUUAAAGUGUUGAGUUUAUGUUAUUUAUAGAAAAUUGGAAUUUUGAAAAGGUUAACCUCAACCUAAGCAUUUUCUAUUUUGACAAGUAGCUACUGCGGAACGUAUUAAAAGCUCUUAAAUAUAUAAUAAUGAUUGAACGUUAAAUAAUGUAGUCCGUGUAUCCAACGUCAAUUUAAAAGGUUUUGUUUUAGUGAGUGAUAAAACACAACAAAUAUUAAUGUAUUAAAAUACAGUAAAAUUAACUUUCAUAUGUUUCUAAAAAAGAGCCGAUAAAGAAGAUAAAAGAAAAGUAAUGUAAACGUGAAAACAGUAAGAGACAUUUCGCAGAUAAAUAAUUUAAGAAAGAAUAUCUAAAAAGGAAAAUUAUUGCACUUGCUUCAUUGUAUGAGGUGCAGCUGCAUUCGUAACGCCUCAGACAAAUCGGAGAAAAAUAAAACGUAAAAACAUGUAAUUAAAUUUAUGAAAUGUGGGUUCUAAGUUGAAACUUCCAUUGCGGAAUCGACAAAAACCAACCCCGUCACAUAUAUAUAUGUAUAUUAUACAUAAGUACAAUGCAUACAUACAGAAAUAUAUAUGUAUUUACUAUUAUUUUUAUAAAAUUACUAAAGAAUGUAAUUUCUUUACAUCACUAUAUAAUAAUUUACAUAUCAACCCGGUGCACGUAUGUACAUACAUGCAUAUGCCGCAUAAUUUCAUGACAGACAGUUUCAUUUAAAUCAACUUGAUGAACACAAAAUUAUUUGUGAAAACAAUAAAAAAAUAUUUUCGAAAAUUCGUUAAUUGUGUGUGCUUUGAAUUCUAAAAAUAUUUGCUAAUUCGGCUUAAUUAAAAUAAAUUUUACUGAAAACGUUUGAAAAACUCUUCGGGAGUAACAUUUUGAUAAUAAAUUUAAGCUACGCAAAUCGUUACAACGUUUGUGUACAAUAUUUUUGAAAUUUUCAAUCUGAAUUUUUUCUGCUCCUCACCUCGCAACUCAAUCGACCCGAUGGCGUAUAUCAAAGUGAAGCAUUCGAAUUUACUGCGUCUGGACGAUGAUGCCAUUUUGAGUGUUUGGAAUAAACUGGAACCAAUUGAUCGCGUACAAUUAGCUAGCGCCUGUAAGCGUUUUCGUAAAAUAUUCGAAGAACGCGAUGCGGCACAUUAUACCACCUUCAGAAUGGAGAGCCUUUGGCAGGUGUCUGUCAAAGAUAUUGAAAGCUAUGCCAAACUGGUGGGACCGCUAAUACAGGAGCUGCGCGCCUACACGCCAUGUGUGGGUAAUAUCAGAGCAAAGAGAUUCCUUAAGGGCAUGACCGGUAAUUGUCAGCUCUUGCGACGUGUGGUCUUCAAAGGUGUACGUGUGGCAUUUCAAUUGUUCGAGUUAUUUGCAAAUGCGAAAUAUCUGACGGAGUUAUAUUUACAAAAUUGUCGACUCAUCGAUAAGGAUGUGGAUAUGAUAACGAUGCUGUUUAAUUUAAUGAUACUUGAUUUGUCGAAAAAUAACGAUAUUACCGGUCACGGUUUGUGCGCACUCACCAAUCUGCGCGCGCUCUACUUGUCGAAUUGUAAAAGUUUGAAUCCCAUCAAUUUAGUGCAUGUCUUCAAAAGUGCAAGACAUCUUUGUAUACUCGACAUUCAGCAACCUUAUACGAAUACAAGCCUAGUGCCAGUCUUUCUCGAGCUAGGACGCUAUUGUCGAAAUUUGGAUAAAUUGCGUGUAACAUUGCCGGAACAUCGACGUUAUGAAUCGCUUGCGCGUCUACCCAAAUUAACACAGAUUUUCGCAUAUGGUUAUGUGCGUCGUUUUCUCGUGGAUUUGCGCAAUCAUCGCGCCCAUCAUAUGCAGGUGAUUUUUCUGGAGACCCUGCAGCAGGUGCCGUUAGACACCACAUUUAUGCUUACACAAUUUCGUGAGUUGAGAAAAUUAGCUUGCGAUGGUGAUUUCGAUUUUACGCCAGGCUGUAUUGAUGGUUUUGAAAAUCUUCGCAAACUUACGUGCAUUAAUCUUUACAAAACGGAUGCGUUAACUCCAAAGGAUGUGCUGACACUUUUGAAGAAAUGCCCGAAAUUGAAAUUCGUGCAAUUAUUCUUUAAAGUAUUCAUUACGGAGGCGUUCAUAUUCGAGUUGAUUGAGGUGCUGGAGAAACGGCCGGUGAAAGUGAAUUUCGUAAUGAAUUUACAGAAGUCAAAUAUACGUCGAGGUAUCACGAAGGAUCCACGUUACAUCAAUGCCAGGGACACUUUGAAUAUUAUAUUCAGUGCUCAAUGCAUCGAUUGGGAUAAAUAAGUUUUAUAAGUUGGAUGAUAAAAAUUACAUUUUUAAUGAUUUUUGUAUUGUGUGGUAAUACCUGUUAAGUAUAUAUUGAUUGUUUCUAAAUGUGUAAUGGUAUAAUGGAAUAAAUUUAUGCGUUAUUUAUAAAUAAUA